AUGAGUGACACCAAGACCAUUGAUCUCGACAAUAUUAUUGAAAGAUUGCUUGAAGUUCGCUCUUCACGUCCAGGCAAACAAGUCCAGUUGCUCGAACAUGAGAUUCGGUUCUUGUGCGGGACUGCGCGCGAGAUCUUGAUGUCUCAGCCCACGUUACUGGAGCUGGAGGCACCGAUCAAGAUCUGUGGUGAUAUCCAUGGUCAAUAUUAUGAUCUACUACGAUUGUUCGAGUAUGGUGGGUUCCCACCCGAGGCCAACUACCUCUUCUUAGGCGAUUAUGUCGAUCGAGGCAAACAAUCGCUCGAGGUCAUUUGUCUGUUAUUGGCCUAUAAGAUCAAGUAUCCCGAGAACUUUUUCCUUCUACGGGGUAAUCACGAGUGUGCGAGCACAAACAGGAUCUAUGGGUUCUUUGAUGAGUGCAAACGUCGGUACAACAUUAAGCUCUGGAAGACCUUCACGGACUGUUUCAAUUGUUUGCCUGUGGCCGCGAUUGUGGAUGAGAAGAUCUUUUGUAUGCAUGGUGGUCUCUCACCUGAUCUGUUGAGUAUGGAACAGAUCCGGAGGGUGAUGCGACCGACCGAUAUCCCGGACUCGGGUCUGCUCUGCGACUUGUUAUGGUCCGAUCCAGACAAGGAUAGUGAGGGUUGGAGUGAAAACGACCGGGGGGUGUCCUUUACGUUUGGACCAGAUGUGGUCAGCCGGUUUUUACAAAAGCAUGAUCUGGAGCUCAUCUGUCGUGCCCAUCAAGUGGUCGAGGACGGAUACGAGUUCUUUGCGAGGCGCCAAUUGGUGACCGUGUUCUCGGCUCCUAAUUACUGUGGAGAGUUUGAUAAUGCAGGAGCAUUGAUGAACGUUGAUGAAACGUUGAUGUGCUCGUUUCAGAUCCUGAAACCUGCUGUAAAGAAGGUCAAGUACUCUUAUGGUCCUUCACACCUUGGCAAGAAGAAGAAAUAG